AUGGAAAAAAUCAACAGUCUUUCAACACAAUUAGUUAAGUGCUGCUUGUGUGAUUUCUUGAAGGUGAAGAUGCACACUGUGUCCUACAUCCAUUUCUUCUACCUUGGCCUGUGUUUGCUUACCUUAACCAGUUCUGUUGCUGCUGGCCCAGAAACACUCUGUGGUGCUGAGCUGGUUGAUGCUCUUCAGUUCGUGUGUGGAGACAGAGGCUUUUACUUCAGUAAGCCCACUGGGUAUGGAUCCAGCAGUAGGCGCUUACACCACAAGGGAAUAGUGGAUGAAUGCUGCUUCCAGAGCUGUGACCUGAGGAGGCUGGAGAUGUAUUGUGCUCCAAUAAAACCGCCUAAAUCCGCACGGUCUGUACGCGCCCAGCGCCACACCGACAUGCCAAAAGCACAAAAGGAAAUGCAUUUGAAGAACACAAGUAGAGGGAACACAGGAAACAGGAACUACAGAAUGUAAGAACAUGCCAUCCACAAGAAUGAAGAAUGAAUGUGCCAUCUGCAGGAUACUUUGCUGUAAAUAAAUUAUUUCUUAAACAUUGGAAGACUUUAAAAAAACCCUUUGUUUUAAAAAGCUUGAUGCAAUUUCAACCAAUGGGCAUUCUCCCAGCAAACAAUGCAACUAAACAUUCCAAUAUUAAGUCUUUAGAGAACAGAA